AUGGCUGAACCAAUAUCUCCUCCACAACCGCCGCCGAACCGCAGCUUGGACCAUCCUGUCCACAAGACCCUAGCAAGUGUGGCAAACCUUGCUAACCUUCUCCCCACCGGCUCUGUCCUUGCGUUUCAAGCACUCACCCCUUUAUUCUCCAACAAUGGCUCCUGCCAACUUCCCAACAAGUGCCUCACAGCAUGCACCAUUGCAUUUUGCGCCAUCUUUUGUUUGUUAUCCUCAUUUACUGACAGCUUCACCGACAAGGAUGGAAAGCUCUACUAUGGCAUCGCCACAUUCAAUGGCCUCUAUAUCUUUAACUACAAUUAUGGUGAUGGGGAUGUUAAGGAAUUAGACAAGUUCAAAUUCAAACUCAGCUUGGUUGAUUUUGUUCAUGCCUUUGUGUCGCCUUUGGUGUUCAUGGUUUUUGCUGCUGCCAACUCCAAUGUGCAGAGCUGUUUCUUUCCUGAAGCAGGAGCUAAUGAGAGUGCACUGAUGAUGAAUUUGCCAUUAGGAGCCGGGUUAUUCUCCAGCCUUCUCUUCACACUUUUUCCAACUAGACGCAGAGGCAUAGGAAUAUAG